AUGAAUCAAGCAGAUAUAUCAAAAUUGGUCUCCAAACUUCGUGUGAAGGUCUUACCUAGACAUCGGAAUCUUCCGGGUCCUAAGGGUCCUGAAGGAAGGAUUGAUAAAUUGCGUAAAACAGUAACGGGACUAAUAAAAUUUGAAAGGAUUGAAUUAAACUAUAAUAGAGGUGAUGAAGCACGCCAAUAUGCGGAACGAGUGUUUCAGCUCAUAUCCGAAGCCAUACGCCAUGGUGACUGUCACAAACCAACCAUGGAUACAGCAGACUUCUGGCUUCUUGAAAAGGAACUUGUACAUAAACUAUUUAAAGUAUUAGUACCAAGAUAUGAAAACACAAACUUAUCGUAUACAAGGUUGUAUAAUGCACCGAGGCCACAAUAUGGUCGUUCAUUAGAUAAAGUAGUAUUAGAACUGAGAGGAAAUCCAUAUCCAGACCUAUUGAAUAACAAGUCCAACAAUAGGCUGUUAAUUCAAAAUGUUUUACUUGAUGCAGCAAAAAAUGAAUACAGACAAACAAAGAUUGCUCAGAUGGCUAAAAAUAUUGGUAAAGAAGUUGCUACACAAAACACAGACAGCAAAAUAAAUGAAGCCCAUGAAAAACCAAACAUCAGCUAA